AUGAAAUCGAUGCCUGCCGAAACCUCGGGGCAAAGUGAUGGUCCAAGAAGUGAUCCGGUUUGGUCGGAGAGUGAGCGAGAACAAUUGACGCGCAUUGCAACGGACCAGUCUGUGCGAUCUGGUAGGGCAUCUCGGAAACAAGGUUCCAACGAGAAAAUCUAUACGUCUCCCGAGCUGGACCCCACGAGCAACAGUUUCGACCUGGCGCUAUGGAUGAAAGCUCAGUUGAAAGCGUUCGAAGAUGGAACCGCCAAGCCUGGGAAUACCGGGGUGAUCUUCAAGAACAUGGCCGUCCAUGGCUCCGGUGCCGCGGUCAAACUUCAGCAAACGGUCGGGUCAGUCCUAUCAGCUCCACUGCGCCUCAAAGCAAUUUCAGAAAGUCAGAAGACACAUAAGACGAUUUUGCAGAACUUUGACGGCCUCGUUAAACGAGGCGAAAUGUUGCUGGUCUUGGGUCGGCCGGGAGCCGGGUGCUCAACAUUUCUCAAGUCCAUUGCCGCCACCACGGAUGGUCUGAAGAUUGAUGAAGCCGCUUCGAUCCAUUACGACGGAAUACCGCCAAAAAUAAUGAAAAACGAGUUCAAAGGGGAGAUUCUGUACAACCAAGAAGUUGAGAAACAUUUCCCUCAUCUCACCGUCGGCCAGACUUUAGCAUUCGCCGCCGCCGCGAGGACUCCGAAAAGCCGAGAACCCGGAGUCUCCAGACAAGAUUUCAUCACCCAUGUGAGAGACGUGGUAAUGGCGGUCUUUGGCCUCUCUCACACCGUCAAUACCAAGGUCGGCUCAGACUAUGUGCCAGGAGUCAGCGGAGGUGAAAGAAAACGAGUUUCGAUUGCCGAAAUGGCUCUGGCUGGCGCGCCCCUGUGCUGCUGGGAUAAUGCCACUCGGGGUCUCGAUUCAGCUUCGGCCUUGGAAUUCGUCAAAGCAUUACAGCUGAGCUCCCGAUUCUUUCGCGCGACACAUCUCGUCGCGGCUUACCAGGCAUCUCAAGCGAUGUACGACAGCUUUGACAAGGUGAUGGUUCUCUACGAAGGCCGAGAAAUAUUCUUCGGACCCGUCUCCGAAGCAAAGCCAUUUUUUGAGCACAUGGGCUGGCAUUGUCCGCCGCGUCAGACGGCAUGUGACUUUCUCACGAGCAUAACAAAUCCCCGCGAACGACAAGCCAAGGAAGGGUUCGAAUGCCGUGUACCGCGGACGGCCGCAGAGUUCGAAAGCUAUUGGAGAAGUAGUGUUGACUACAAAAUUCUUCAGGCACAGCUUUCCACGUACGAAGAAGAAUUUCCAUGUGGAGGUCCCAGCGUCGAGGAGUUCAAAGAGAGCAAACAUCAGCGACAGGCAAGACAUACGAGACCGGACUCUCCAUACACCAUCAGCAUCCCCAUGCAAGUCCGACUGUGCACCACCCGCGCUUAUCAGCGAAUAUGGAAUGACAAGACGUCCACGAUCACGACCGUUGGUGGAAACAUCUUCAUGUCCCUGAUCAUCGCAUCUCUCUUUUACGGCACCCCUUUUGGGACGCAGGCAUUCUUUGCGAAGAGCUCUCUCCUCUUCUUUGCUAUCUUGCUUAAUUCGCUCUUGACCGUGACGGAGAUUAAUGCGCUCUACAAACAACGAUCAAUCGUCGAGAAGCACGCUUCUUACGCCUUCUAUCAUCCUUUCGCGGAGGCGUUAGCCGGGGUCAUCAGCGACAUAACAAUAAAGCUGGUUUCGGGCGUUAUUUUCAACACCAUCACCUACUUCCUCGGAGGAUUGAGGUAUGAUGCUGGGGCAUUCUUCAUAUUUUUUCUCAUCAACUUUGCCGCUCUCUUGUCUAUGAGUGCCAUCUUCAGAACCAUUGCCGCUGCUACCCGGACCAUACCUCAAGCUCUCGCGAUUGCCGGCGUGGUCCUGCUUGCUGUCGUUAUCUACACGGGAUUUGUCAUUCCACGACCCAAUAUGCAUCCAUGGUUUAAAUGGAUUACCUGGAUAAAUCCUUUGGGAUAUGCUUACGAAGCCCUCAUCGUGAACGAGUUUCACGGGAGAGACUUUCCUUGUUCUAAUGUUAUUCCCGCGUAUCCGGGUUUCUCCACCGGGUCCAGCAAUACGUUCGUCUGUGGCGAGAAGGGGGCCAUACCAGGAGAGCUUUUUGUCAACGGGGACAGGUAUCUAGAAGUAAGCUAUGGCUACCAAUACGCUCACUUGUGGCGCAAUUUCGGCAUUCUGCUUGCUUUUCUUUUCUUUUUCCUCAUCAGUUAUUUAGUAGUCACCGAACUCAACUCGCACGAGAAGUCAACGGCCGAGUCUUUGGUCUUCAGAAUCGGCCAUGUGCCGAAGUCGGUCCAGCAAGGAAUUAUGGACAAGGAAGCUAAAGCUGUGGUUUCCGAUCCUACUCCUGGUGAAGGAAAUGGGCUGGAUGUUCUUGCAGCACAAAACGACAUUUUUACGUGGCGAGAUGUUUGCUAUGAUAUUAAAAUCAAGAACGAACCCCGGCGAUUACUUGACGGUGUCAGUGGCUGGGUGAGGCCGGGAACCCUGACGGCGUUGAUGGGGGUCUCAGGAGCAGGCAAGACUACGCUUCUUAACGUGUUGGCCCAGAGAGUGUCCGUUGGGGUGAUCACCGGGGACAUGUUAGUCAACGGAAGUCCUCGCGACCGGAGCUUCCAACGGAAAACUGGAUAUGUUCAGCAGCAAGAUCUCCACUUACAUACAUCGACGGUACGAGAAGCCCUGAGGUUUUCGGCUUUAUUGCGUCAGCCAAAGACGACAAGUACUAAGGAAAAGUAUGAGUUCGUUGAGGACGUAAUUCGUAUGUUGAAUAUGUCGGAUUUUGCCGAAGCUGUUGUUGGCACUCCUGGUGAAGGCCUCAACGUCGAGCAGAGGAAGUUACUGACCAUCGGUGUCGAGCUCGCGGCCAAACCUGCGCUUCUCCUCUUCUUUGACGAACCCACCUCUGGUCUCGAUAGCCAAUCGUCGUGGUCCAUUAUUUCAUUCCUUCGAAAGCUCGCGGAUAAUGGCCAGGCUGUCUUAUCCACCAUCCAUCAACCCUCGGCGAUUUUAUUCGAGCAAUUUGACCGCUUGUUAUUCCUGGCCCAGGGUGGCCGAACCGUGUAUUUUGGAGAUAUUGGCCCGGAUUCUACGAUUCUGCUAGAUUACUUUCACAGGAAUGGUGCUCGGAAGUGCAAUGAGAGUGAAAACCCAGCAGAAUAUAUCCUCGAACUUGCCGGCGCAGGGGCAUCCAAUGAAGCUAAACAGGACUGGCCAGCCAUAUGGCGAAAUAGCCCUGAAGCUAGUACGGUGGUAUCUGAGCUCAACCGUCUCCAUCAGCAGCUAAGAGAAGAGCACGCACGGGAUCCUCCUCAGUCCGAAAGCCAGGCUGAAUUCGCCACUCCAUUUUGGGAUCAAUUAGUUGCCGUCACUAUUCGAGUUUUCCAGCAAUACUGGAGGACUCCCACCUAUAUCUACGGCAAAUACACUUUGGGCAUUGCUUCAGCUCUCUUCGUUGGCUUCUCGUUCUACCUUCCUGGAACAUCGAUACAGGGCCUCCAAUCCUUCAUCUUUGCGAUUUUCAUGAUCACCGCCAUAUUCGCCGCCCUGGUCCAACAAGUCAUGCCUCAAUUUAUCUUCCAACGAGACUUGUACGAGGUGCGCGAACGGCCGUCAAAAACAUACCACUGGGCAGCCUUUAUGAUAGCCAAUAUCCUCGUUGAAAUCCCAUACUCGAUCUUUCUCGGCAUCCUCGUCUUCGCCGCAUUCAGUUAUCCCGUCUUCGGUAUCACUUCGUCAGAAUAUCAAGGUCUGGUUUUGUUGUUAUGCGUCCAAUUUUUUGUCUUCGGGUCGACCUUCGCCCAUAUGGUGGUUUCCGGUCUGCCCGACGCCGAAACCGCAGGCGAAGUCGCAACACUCUUAUUCUACUUGACCCUCAUCUUCAAUGGCGUCUUACUUCCUCGCAUCGCACUCCCCGGAUUUUGGACGUUUAUGUACCGCGUCAGCCCGAUGACGUAUAUCGUCAACGUCAUCGCGACCGCCGUCUCAGGCCGCCGGGUCGAAUGUGCCAGUAAUGAAUUAAACAUCUUCCAGCCCCCUCCAAACACUACGUGCGGCCAGUACAUGGAGAGAUAUCUACAAAGUCUGUCCCAAAGCGGCGCCGCAGGAACUCUGACCAACCCCGACGCUACGAGUGAUUGUGCUUACUGUUCCUUACAGGUGACGGAUCAGUUCCUCCAGGCUAGAGAUAUUAAACCAGACCAACGAUGGAGGAAUUUCGGUCUCGUUUGGGUUUAUAUCGCGUUUAACAUCUUAGCUGCUGUUUCUUUUUAUUACCUCUUCCGAGUGAGGAGAUGGAAGAAGCAUUGA